AUGGGCGGGGACUCGAUCACGGCCAUGCAGCUGACGGCGGCGGUCCGAGCACUGGGUCUCCGGGUGUCGGUGGGCGAGGUGCUGAAGAGCAAGACGCUGGCUGAACUGGCCGCGCGCCUCAGUCCCAACCAGCCUGUCGCCCCCAGGGCUGUGGAGGACCCCGCUGACCAGACCUUUGCGCUUUCGCCCAUCCAGCAGCUGUACUUUGCCGUCUCACACCAGCGCCCGACCCGAUUUCACCAGAGCUUCUUCCUCCGCCUGUCGCAGCCAGUCGCUGCAGAGAAGAUGGCUCGCGCAGUCGACGCCAUUGUACAGCGGCAUUCGAUGCUUCGCGCCCGCUUCGUAGAGCAGUCGUCCGACGAGGGCUGGGCGCAGCAGAUCUCCACCUCCCAACGGCCCUUCUCUACCUACGCUGGUCUCGCACGUGAGCAGGUUUGGGAAAAGAUGGAGUCUGUACAGAACAAACUGGAUAUCGUUCAAGGCCCUGUCUUUGCAGUAGACAUGUACCAUUUGUCCACAGGCGAGCAACUCGUCUACGCGGUGGCUCACCAUCUUGUGAUCGAUCUUGUCUCCUGGCGAGUGAUCUUGAGUGAUCUGGAACAGCUCAUGCGCGGCCUCGAGCUGACACUCGACACUCCCCUUCCCUUCCAGGCCUGGAGCAGGAUGCAGGCACAGUAUGCCGAGACCCAUUUGGACGCGAGUUAUAUCCCUUCAACCCUAGGAAAUGGAGAUCCGAGCUACUGGGGCAUGGCCGACACCGCCAACACAUUCGCAGAUGCGAAGCUUGAAUCGUUCGCCCUGGAUACGGAAACCUCAGCCCUUCUCCUCACGGGCUGCCACCAGGCACUGCGAACAGAACCCACCGAUAUCCUGAUGGCAUGCCUCCUGACCUCCUUCGGAAGCGUCUUUACGGAUCGAUCACUGCCCACCUUAUUCUCAGAAGGCCAUGGCCGCGAACCGUGGGACCAGGGGAUCGAUCUCGCCGGCACGGUUGGGUGGUUCACGACCAUGGCUCCCUUGCAGGCUCACCUUGGGCAGUAUGCCCCGCUGGUCGAUUCUGUUCGUCACGUCAAAGACCAGAGACGCUCAAUCCCGGGCAACGGGUGGCCGUACUUUGCCUGCUCUUUCCUCAACGAGCAGGGCCGGAAGAAGGCUGUCGACCACACCAAGGUCGAAGUCAUGUUCAACUAUCUCGGGCAAUACCAACAGCUCGAGCGAGAGGACGCUCUAUUCCGACAGGAAGAGAAACUCCCCAAGGAGCUGGCCGUGUCCGACGUGGCUUCUGGCACGGCGAGGAUGGCUUGGGUUGACGUGUCUGCAGUGCUCGUACACGGAGUCUUCAGCUUCAAUUUCAUCUUCAACCAGAAGAUGCGUCAUGCCGAGAAACUGGCCCGCUGGAUGCAGCAGUUCGAACACGAUCUCCGCGCGGUGGUAAGCUCCUUGGCCGAUCACCGUCCUCGCCUAACCUUGAGCGAUUACCCGCUCUUGCAAACAACGUACAGUGGCCUGGACGACCUCCAGAACGAGCGGCUGCCAGAGAUUGGUGUGGCCGAGAUUGAAGAGGUGGAAGAGGUCUAUCCCUGCUCGCCGAUGCAGCAAGGCCUGCUCCUUAGCCAGAGCCGCGAGUCGAGCCUGUAUCAGACGCAGUUCCGCAGCGAAGUGACGGCCCUUGCUGGGGCCCCCGUCGCCGCCGAUCGUCUGGCCGAGGCCUGGCAGAGCGUCGUUCGCCGCCACUCGCUCCUUCGGGCGGUUUUUGUCAAUGCUGUUUCCACCGAGGGUAUCUAUGACCAGGUGAUCCUGAAGGAUGCCCGCGGCCAAGUUCAUCGCGUGGUGUGCGAUGAAGAUGCCGAUGCACUGGAGGUCCUGUCCCAGCCGCGAGUGGCCGCCGAGGACUACCAGCUGGCCCAUUCUCUGACGUUGUGCGAGACGCCGACUGGAAGGCUACUGUGCAAGUUUGAGUUCUCCCACGCUAUCGUCGAUGCCGCCUCGCUCGGCAUCCUUGUACGUGACCUGGCCGCUGCGUAUGAAGGCCGUCUGGAUCCGCUGCCCGGGCCCGCCUACAGCGAAUACAUCCGGUACCUCCAGGAUCGCCCGCUUGCAGAGGGCAUUGUGUACUGGAAAGCCCAUCUUCACGGCAUCGAGCCCUGCCUGUUCCCGACCCUUCACAGCAGCUCCCUUGUGAACCGCACGAUCCUCAAGACCACCUCGCUGAGCCUUAACGUGGACCCCGAGCUUCUGCGCACCUUCUGCGCAAGCCACGGAGUGACUGCAGCGGUAGUUUUCAUGGUCGCCUGGGGGCUGGUCCUGCGCACGUAUGCGGGGACUGCGGACAGCACCUUUGGAUACGUAGUGAUGGGGCGAGACAUCCCUGUGCCGCGCAUCGGGGACACCGUCGGGCCCUUUAUCAACAUGCUGCCGUGCCGCGUGCGCACCGCCAGCGGGGCAGGAACGGUAUCAGACCUCUUGGGCGAAGCUCAGGACGCCUAUGUCAACGGCAUCGAGCGCCAGCACGUCUCCCUGGCGCAGAUUCUCCACGCCCUGGGCCGCUCCAUGGAAGGGCCACUGUUCAACACGAUGCUGUCGGUGCAAAAGACGACGGAGCGUGCAGCAGCACCGGAGGCACUCUCGUUUAGGAAUCUGGGCGCUCAUGAUCCGACUGAGGUUAGUUGCACAUCCGUAUUCGACAAUUUAUAUGUUCCAAGGCUAACAUUCCACAGUACGAUCUGA